AAUCUCGUUCAUAUCAUCAGAGAUGGGCGUACAUGUUCCCGUACGCUACUUUCCUCUUGCGUAGAGCAGUUGUUCAGAGGUCAAAUGAUUAAGCUGUUGUUCUACCUUGAUCAUGCGAGCUGCCAAGUCACCAACAGCAAUGACGAAGACACGUUUAUUCAUACUGCAUAUCAGCUUGUUAUGUAUUGCUUCCAGUGCAGCCGAGAUGACGUCAUCAGUAACGUCAUCGAUGACAUCAUCGGAAGGAUCAAUUGCACUGUCAGCAACAGAGGAAACAUCACUCGCUGGUCAGUCAAUGAAAACACUCGCAGAUAUGGCGCUUUCUGAAUCAAUAACUGCAGCAUCUGUAACAGCAGAAUCAGCUGACGACACCAAAAUGCCAACAUCGGCUUCAAUGGUGCUAUUAACAACAUCAGCAUCAUUGGCGUCAUCAACGCUGAGAACGUUACCGGUCCCAGACAGUCAGUCAGAGCAAACAUUUACAGAUCCUUUGUCACAAUCUUCGCCUUCAGUGCCCCGAUCUUCUGAUUUUAUGUCAAAUUCUCAAAAACCAACACCAGAAAUAAUGACAUCAACAACACCACUUCCACCGGCUGCAUUUUCAACAAAGGAUGAAACUCCGGCACCAAACUCCAUUCCAUCUGCAGCUACAUUGUCAACACCAGUUCUUACAGCAAACGUUUCAACAGGUGAUUUAACGGCGGCACUGAGCACAAGUAAUACAUUCAUUACAUCGGAAUCUACAUUGUCAACACCAGUUCCAACAGCAACCGUUUCUACGGAAGAUUUUACAGAGGCACCCAGGACACAUAUAUCAUUCCUUCCAUCUACAUUGUCAACACCAGUUCCAAUAGCAAUAAUAAAUUCUUCAUUAUCGGCAGCAAUAACGCCGUUGUCAGCCUCACUAGCAACGUUCACUAUCACAGCGGUGUUAACAUCGGAAUCAAUACCAUUACUAUCUGGUUCCACAUUGAAGUCAACAGAAUUUGCUCAACCAAGGGCAAUAUCAUCACCAAUCACUGCACAACCAGCACCAACACCAUCAACGCACAUAACAUCAGUAUCCACGAGCACCUUCACGAUAUCUACUUUAAUGACACCACAACAAGUAACACAGGAACACCAAGAUUCUACGGUAGGCUCAAUUGACCAUACCCGUAUGUCAACGUCGGCAGAGUCGUCAACGUCAGCGGUAACUUCAACAGCCACGGACAUCAAGCCAGAACAAACAGUUUCUCUGGCAAGUACAUUUGGCAGCUUACAAAUGCCAGCAUCGUCAUCACUGGUGCCGUCAGUGGAGCCGUCAGCAACAUCGGCACCAGAAGUGUCAUCAACAACAUCGUCAUCACUGGUGCCAUCAGCAACAUCGACUUCAGUGGAGCCGUCAGCAACAUCGGCACCAGAAGUGUCAUCAAUAACAACGUCAUCACUGGUGCCAUCAGGAACUUUGCCGUCAGUGGAGCCGUCAGCAACAUCGGCACCAGAAGUGUCAUCAAUAACAACGUCAUCACUGGUGCCAUCAGCAACUUUGCCGUCAGUGGAGCCGUCAGCAACAUCGACUUCAGAGGUGCCAUUUACAACAUCGGCAUCACAGGAGCCAUCAGCAAUAUCAACAUCGUUGGUGCCAUCAGCAACAUCGGCAUCACAGGAGCCACCAGCAACAUCAACAUUGUUGGUGUCAUCAGCAACGUCAAUCUUAUUUGUGCCAUCAGCAACUUCGCCGUCACUGAUGCCGUCAGCAACUUCGCCGUCACUGAUGCCGUCAGCAACUUCGCCGUCACUGAUGCCGUCAGCAACUUCGCCGUCACUGAUGCCGUCAGCAACUUCGCCGUCACUGAUGCCGUCAGCAACUUCGCCGUCACUGAUGCCGUCAGCAACUUCGCGGUCACUGAUGCCGUCAGCAACUUCGCCGUCACUGAUGCCAUCAGCAACAUCGACGUCACUGGUGCCAUCAGCAACGUCAACCUUAUUGUUGCCAUCAACAACUUCGCCGUCACUGGAGCCGUUAGCAACCUCGACAUUAUUGGUGUCAUCAGCAACAUCGACGUCACUGAUGUCAUCAGCAACAUCAACGUCACUCGUGUCAUCAGCGACAUCGACAUCAUCACCAACAUCGGACAGGCAGUCAGAGCAAACGUUCACAGAUACAGUGCCACCUGAAUCGUUAACGGAAAUAUAUGUGACAACUUCAACACCUGCGACAACAUCAACGCCACACAUUACGUCUACAGCAUCGUCACUGACAACAGUCAAUUCAAUAUCAAGUUCAGUUUCACCGACAACGUCAACUGCAACGUCGCAUUUAACAGAUGCACACACUACAACUUCAGUAUUUACUCCAUCAGCAUCUGCAUUGUCAUCGCCGGUAUUAACACCAACAUCUACAUCAACAUCUUCAGUACAAUCAACAUCCCUACUAUCAUCAACAUCCCAACCAUCAUCAACAGGAUCGAUUUUAGCAUCAGUGACAACAGACUCAACAUCACUACCCGCUUCCCCCAUCACUCCGCCAUUAUCAACACACACAUCAGUGCUGUCAUCAACAGCAACAUCUUCACCUACAUCUGUAACACCAGCAUCACCAUCAGAUCAAACAGGCUCGGGAGAUACUGGCAUCGUCGUCGGUGUAUCCAUCGGAGUAGUCCUUUUACUUGCUGUUGUCGUGUGUGUCCUUGUCGUCGUCAAACUAAGGGUGAUGAAGAAGAGACCAUUAUACGGCCGGAUGGUAGGCAGCAAGAAGAUCCGAAAAUCCUCCGAAACUUCCAUCGAGAUGACCUCGGUCAUCACUGCGGUCGACAACUAUGAAAACUUUCAGCCCGGUGAUAUUGAUAUCAGUGGAUUAGCAGAGUACAUCGCGAGAAAGAUGCAGAACAACGAACUGGAUGAAGAGUACAAGGCUUUACCAUCAACCCCCUUUGAAGAUACAGAUGAACAUGUUGGCCAGCUCGCCUGUAACAAAGAAAAGAACAGAUUCGCAGACAUAUUUGCAUACGACUGUUCCCGUGUUGUGUUACAACGAGGAGAUGCAUCCGGCACGGACUAUAUCAAUGCUAAUUUCAUAACUGGCUACGGAGACAAACAGAGAGCUUACAUAGCCGCACAAGGUCCGAACCCCCGCUCUCUGGCUGACUUCUGGCUGAUGAUCUGGCAAGAAGAUGUCCGGUGUGUUGUCAUGUUGACCAAUCUUCGGGAAAACAACAGAAGAAAGUGUGAAAAGUACUGGCCAGAUGAGGGGUCACGUGACAGUUACGGUGACGUCGAUGUGUCCUGCACCUGUGAGGAUGUGACCUCCACGUACGUGGUCCGAGUGCUUCAGGCCGGUCAUCACACGAAGACCACAGAGACUCGUCGAAUUGUCCAGUAUCAUUUUACAACAUGGCCAGACCAUGGCGUUCCGUCAGCGCCCUCUCUCGUCGAGUUUUGGCAACAGGUGAAGGAACACAAGUCCACCAUCAGACCCCUAGUAGUGCACUGCAGCGCCGGGGUGGGCAGGACAGGCACCUUCAUCGGCCUUGACGCACUGAUGGAGAGAUGCAAGGUCGAGAGCACCGUCAACGUCUUCAGGCGCGUCAGUUCCGUGAGAGGCGAGAGGAUGAGCACGGUGCAGACCCGGCGUCAGUACACCUUCCUCCAUCUGGUGCUGCUAGAAGCUCUCUACAGCGAAGGUACACAUCGGCUAUGUGAGGAGCUUGUUGCUGGGACACGCUGUGAGGAGGAUCGCAUCUAUAAGGAAUUUCAGAUGCUCCAGGAACUUAGAGAUCUCAACAGGAAUCGUGCUGCGCCAAAUCAUGCAGAAGAUGAAGGUGACGAUGUUUCCAACAUCCCGUCCUAUACAAGUGACGUAGAGUUCCUCUUGACGUCAUCAUCACAGCCAGCCAACGCAGCCAAUCAUCUAUGGUCAAUGGUGGACGAUUACAAGGCAACGAUCAUAUUAGCAAUUUGUGAUGAGGUCGCUACUGGAAUAAUCCCAAGCCCUAUCGGUGAGUCGCUGUUGGAUGACAGCCUGCUGCUGACGCUGACGUCCUCCAGCUUCAUCUCAGAGCACGUGCGGGAGACUGAGAUAGUUGCGGAGCCCGAUGAUGACACGCACUCCGAGGACGCAGCAAAGCCGUGGAAGGUGACGCUGUUCUCUACGCCGUCAGUGACGGCCUCAGUCAGCGAAGUCAUCACCCUGGUGGAGCAUUUGGAGAACACCCGGCACCUGGCUACAGAGAGUAUUGUUGUAUACAGCUGCCCCGACAGCCACCCCGCAACGUUGUUGUGCAUCAUCUGGAACAUCAUCCAGCGACUUCAGCGACACCCGGGCGUGGACAUAUUCCUCAUCGUGAGGGAGAUGCAAUCUAUCAAGCCGUCAUAUCACAUCUCACAGGAUGACUAUCGGUUUCUCUACACACUUGCCUCUGAAUACGUCACCUCCACCAGCAUCUAUGCCAACGCAUAUGUAUAGACGGAGUAUUAGGACACACACGUGGAAGGAGUGUGUGAGUGAGUUGGUUUUAACGCCGUUGUUAACAGUAUUCAAGUUAUAUCACGGUGUGUCAGCUUAAUGUGGGAGGAAAGCCCGAAGUCAUGCAGGUCUCAAAGGUUUACCACUUCGGUGA